AUGGCAUCGAAUCCUGCUAAAAGGAAGCAGUUUAAUCCAGAGACUACAGGUGCAGCUCGGAAGCGUGCUAAGACCUUUGACGCACGCUCGCUUGCUGUCCAGUCAACCAAUGCAGCCCUCUCUGCAACAGGCGAGCUCGAUGUCGCUGCAUACUCUUCUGCGCGCGCGUUUGAGAUCCAGGCCCUUGAGCGAGGUAUGCAGCGAUCAAAAGAUGCUCUCACUACACGAGCAUUUCAAAAAGUACCCCGCUCGAUGCGCCGACGAACCGCAAGUCAUAAUGUAAAACGGAUGAAUGAGGACAAAACUCCCACUGUCACUGCACGGCGACGCAAACCAUCCCAGAUAAUGCGCAUCCGGCUCGACACUGCGCGGCGACUGCAAAAGCUGAAUGCUAAAUCCAAGCAGCGACGAGCCGCUGCAAAAAAUAAAGAACAGAAGGAUAAUGAUACUAUUUUGCAGGGAGAAGGCAGCCAUGCUUUCAAUACUGCGCCACGCAUACCCAAAAUUAAGAAGAACAAGCUCUCUAGACCACUACCCUCAGUCACAAAAUACCGCAAACGCCAACGAAGCAAAGUUUGGCUUCCGACUCACAUGUACCAUGCAAAACGAGCACAUAUGGCCACAACGAGGAGCCCAAUAUGGCGAUUCGCACUUCCCAUAUCUCCCACUGAGAAGAGCUAUCGACCUACCCACCGAGCUCGAGGGUUUCGCGGUGCCAUUGGAUGGGAUAUGAGCUACAUGUCCACUAUACAGCUUGAAGGGACUGCUUCUGCAAUUGAAGCCGUUUUGCGAGCCAUUGGUGUCAUUGGCGAAGAUGCAUGGGGCGUCAAGGGGAAGAAGUGGAGGGCUGGGACUAGGUCGUUACAAGCAUGGGCUGUUGAAAAGGACCAGCCCAAAAGACCUAUUGCUCCAGUCACGUUGAUUUGGUGUGUAGAAAGCAAAUCUGAAGAUACUGAAAUGGCUGAUGCAGAUGUGCCCCAGGCUUCGAAGCAUCCUCGGCGAAAGCUCUGGAUUCGCAUUCAUCCAUCUGCGUUCCUACAGUUGUGGACAGAUUUGCUCUAUGUAUCAAAAAAGCAAACCCCCCCUGUCAUGAUUGAAGAUCUCAGAUUCGAGAUUGGUAGCAUUGAGAUAACUGGUCCGGGGUCGACAGAGGCAUUGCUUGCUUCAUUGCGGCCAGUGCUGGGCCCAGAGGGCCAAGCCCCCGUGCCAAAGAGUCCAGAAGCGACCUGGGCCUCUCUUCUUGGAGUUUCAAAUCCAUCUUCACUACCACAGAAUGCUCUUUUGUCCUUUGCCAUUUCUGACCCUCGCCUUCACUACCCCAAUAAAACCCUCAAAUCUCCUGACGACCAAUCCAUUAGGAGUGACCUAGCCAUUUUACUUUGUGAAUGGUCACCCGAUAAAACACAAGGCCCAUCUUCCCUGUUCGAUCGUCCCAGCCGUCUAGAAGCUGCCCGACAGCUCCCAAGCCAAAAGGCUAUCAACCGACGACGUACACUCUCCGCGCCAGGCAAAAAUCCUCCUUCGCAGCCCAGUGAUCCAAAGAUUCCCAUAAUAAUUCUAGCAACAAGAUCACAGAAGCAUUCCAAAGGUAACAGCACACCUGGAUCCUGGACCGUGCUUCUACCGUGGAGAUGUGUGGUACCUGUUUGGUACUCACUCAUGUUUUACCCGCUCUCAAGCGGAGGUAACGCGCGUUUUGGCGGUCUGAAAGAGCAGCAGCAGCUCGCCUUUGAAGCAAAUGCACCUUGGUUCCCUGGCGAUUUCCCUGGCACCCGCGCUGGUUGGGAAUGGGGCCAGAGUGAGGCCAAGAAAGCCCAUGCCGAGUGGAAACGGCGACCAAAGGGACGGCGAGCUGAAUUUGACACUCUGAACUUGGGUGCAAACCACCCGAAAGGAGAGGUCGGUAACGGAUGGGAUUGCGACUGGAAAAGGCUCAUCCAGGGUGCCUCGCCGGAUUCUGCCCAUAGAAAUGGACUUUCUACACAGGAACGUGAUAACGUCGAAGAUGCUCUGCCUAUCAACAUUCACAAUAUCCGCCAUCCCUCCAGCAAUACCGACCGCAUCAUCAACGACUUUAUUAGAACACCUCCUGAUUCUUCAGCCCUCGCCACAGUCUAUAUCACACUUUCCAGCCGUGGUACACCUACUCCCCACGCACGGAUCUAUCGCCUGCCUUCAGAACCAUCUUUGCGCCGUAAAUGGCUUGAGCUGGCAUCGAGCUCAAAGCACAAGUUUGGCAAUGAGAAAAAUAAGAUAAAAGCAAUCGCCACACUAGCAUCUGAAGAAGCGCGACGACAAUUCGCCGAGGUCCUGCUCUCAAGAUCCGGUGGAGAGGCUGGAACUGAUCACUUGGACAUCCCCAUGGAAGAAGAUCUCAUUGGUUUUGUGACUACGGGUAACUACAAUCUUUCCGAGGGCCAGGGAACUGGAAUUGGAUCGAUUCAGAUCUCGAAAGUCUUGGCACCCGAUAUCAAGAUCAACGAAAGGAAGAUAUGUAUUAUCAGGGCAGCUGGUGAGAGGAUCGGUCGUUUGGGAGUGUGGGAGUUGAUAGUAUGA